UAUACGUUCGUCGCACUUGACGGCGAUCUCACCAUAUACCCCGUGAUAUCCAAAACAACAUAACAAAGUGGGGGAAACAUGGCGAGCGAAGAGGAGGCCAGAAGACGCCCCUCGGUUACCUCCUCUUCGGUUGGCUUGGAGUCUCUCUUCCCUGCGGGGUCUUCGGAGCAGGUGUGCGGGGACGGGAACCCGGAGCUCGUGCGUCUGCGGGAGCGCCUUCAGGGUUGGCUAUCGCAGUAUGAGUCCCUGCUGCUGUGGCUGCAGCGGUUGUUGGUCUGGGAAAGGCCCUUGUACAGCAUCACUGUCGCCCUGACACUCAACACACUGUUCUGGCUCCUGUCAUCCACCUCCCUGCGGCCUCUGUUCCUGUUGAGUGUUUCCCUGCUGGGACUUAUGCUGCUGGAGAGAUGGAAGCCCAAGUUGCCCAUCAUAACCGUUCAACAUGCAGAGGCUCCCCCUGAACAACGUGACACAAUGAGCGUGGAGCAGCAUCUGCUCAGUAUUCCUGAGCUCAGCCACCACCUGGCUGAAAGCUACCUGAUCUACUGCCUGUACCUGCAGGAGACGCUGCAGUACAAACGACAGAACCAUGGCAAGUUCUGUGUGAUGAUGUGCAGUGGCUGUUUUGUUCUUGCUGUGGUUGGACAUUAUGUACCAGGAAUCAUGAUCUCCUAUAUUAUUGUCCUGAGCGUGCUGUUGUGGCCGCUGGUGGUGUACCACGAACUGAUCCAGAGGAUGUACACGGGCUUGGAGCCAAUCCUGAUGAAACUGGACUACAGCAUGAAGGGAGAUACCGAGCAUCGCAAGCACGACAAGAGAAAGGUGAAGAAGGAGGUAGAGGAGGGGGACGAGCCGAGAGCUGAAACAGAGAGUGAGAGUGAGGAGGAGCUGUCCUUAUUCGCCCCGACGGUGGAUGUGAAGACCACAGCUCUGGCGAUGGCCAUCACAGACUCCGAGCUGUCAGACGAAGAGGCAUCCAUCCUUGAGAGUGGAGGGUUCUCAGUGUCCAGAGCCACCACUCCCCAACUCACUGACGUCUCUGAAGACCUGGACCAGCAGAGUUUACACAGCGACCCGGAGGAGUCCUACUUGCGGGAUCUCCCCGAGUUCCCCUCAGUUGAGGAGUUCCCAUCCAUCGAGCACAACCUGCUCCACUUCCCUCUGCGAGGCCCCGGCCAGGCUGACGCAGCCCAGGCCGGUGCUCAGUCAGAGAGGGAGCCGCUGAGCCCCGCCAGCCUCCUCAUCCAGCACCUAGCAUCCCCGCUCCACUUUGUGAACACACACUUCAACGGACACGGACGACCACCUGGGGGCGCGGAGGGCGCGUUGCCCGUGUCAGGCUCAGAGGGGGAGCCCGGGACGCGGGAGGGCGAGGAGAAGGAAGCUGCAGGAGCCCAGGAAACACAGCAGUCCUUGGAGGCCUUGAGCGAGGAGAUCGUGAGCACAGCCAUCUCCACUGUGGUGCAGAACACUCUGUCAGCCCUGCUGCGCUCCAGCGAGGCCAGCGAGGAACCCACCCUGGCCGAGUUCCUUCCCACUGAAACCCCACCGGGCGCUCUGGAGACCUCCACCCCGCCCGCUGACCCCACUGAUAACACUACACAAGGAGCGUCGGGAGCUGACAAGGAACUGGAUGAGGCGAUCACCACAGGAAGCGGCACCGGCGAGGAGAUGCCCGACGACACGCUCGUUCCGACCGAGGAAGAGGACUUUGAGCUUCUGGACCAAAGUGAACUGGAGCAGUUUGACGAGGGGCUGGACCUCAUCUCUGACAGACAGGCUGUGGGAGGAGCCACAGGAGCUCCAGAGACACCUCCGUCUCCUCAGCAUCAACCGCAGUCAUAGCUUCCCCGUCGUCUCCUCCUGGCCCCAACUGUUGUUAUUUGUACGUUAGACCUACAUUAUAUUCAUACAUACUGCUAUAUACGAAACAUUUAUCAAGGAGUUUGGGGUUUAAUGCAGUUGGUUGCUGAUUGUUUGGCAUAUGGUUGGGAUUACUUGGUGCGUUCUGCUUUCAUAGCCUCUCACUACAAGUGUCUGCUCAGCCUCAGUACCAUUUGUAGUAGAGUUUUUUUUGUGGCCUGCUGGCCUCAUCGUAUCAUGUUCAACGAGAGCAGGUUCAGGGCACAGCUGGCUUUGGUUAACAGUUAUAGAGACACAAUUAUCGUCAGGGGUUGCAAAAUAUUUUAUAUCGGCUUUUGCUUGAUCGUCUAACAUCGAAAUUUGCUUGAUAAUUUAAGCAGGUACAUUUCUUACUGUGUAGCGAAAAAACCGGUCCAUGUUCAGUCUCACGUCAGAAUAAUGAUGCCUUUAUUUUCUACCUUGGCUAAGAGCUUAGCACUUCCACCUUGUUUUCGUUCAGAUGUUUGUCUAGAUGGUGUUAUGAAGAGUUGAAAUGUUGGAUUAUAUAACUAUUAAUAUAUGCUAUAAAUUAUUUUAUUUAACAGUCAGUCGAUGAAACUUUAUUGCUAUAUUGAGGGGGAGUUAAAAGCAAAUCCAAUCCCCUCAGUUGCCCUUAAUGAUUGUAUGAUAUUUGUUUUAAUUAUGACACCGUGAACGUCCGGGUUUAAAGUGUAGUUGCGUAUUUCCCAGAGUUGGAUUUAGUAAAACAAUAGUGUUAUCCUUCACUUUAUCCUUACCUCCAAAGUCUCCAAGGUUACAGGUUUGACAGAAACAUUCAGUCAUUAGUGGUCUUUCACUUGUUGCCUGGAAAUGGAAACUUAAUCUUUGACAUUGUUGGAUGUUGACAGGUAGUAGAUCUUCACCCGUACACACAAGUGACUUUGAUGUAGCAAGAUAAAAGAAAUGUUCCUGAAUUUCCUCCACGUGAUUGAUGCCUCAUUUAUAUUAAUAUUUGCAGAUUUCAUUUAACCUCACACUCGUAUGUAAUUGGCCCAUAUGUAAUGGAAUUUAUUCUUUAUCUACAACUUUGUUGAGAGACACACACUUCUUGUUUGAUUGGCCCGUCUAUACCUAUUUGUUACUUGUAUAGUCAUCACUGGGAUAUGUAUAUUUACAGAAUAACCUCCUUUGUGCCACGACAAGUCCAUGCAUGCCAUGCAAUACGCAUGUAUUUACCAUGAUCAAUACUUGAGGUCAAUUUUCCUGGAGGAGAUUUUGUUUUUGUUUUUUGAAGGACAUAAUAGUUUAAUGACAUAUUAUGUAUCUGCCGGUGAUUUGUGGAAAACUUGUGACAUGACAAAAAGAAACCUAGCACUAUGUUCGACUGUAUAAAGAGGCCGAUUUUGCUUAUGUGAACCACUCAGCAUCCAAAACUCAGGGGUGGGUUGUACAAAUUGAAUAUAACAUUGCAGCACAUGUGUCCAUUUCCCGACUUCUCAUAGUGCACUGUAUUUGUACUAACCUUUCCUUUUUGCAGUCAAUGCCUCCUUGUGUAUAGUGUAGAAAUGCUAAAAAAAAAAAAAAAAAGGAACGUGUAUAUUCUGCAUGUAAAAAAACAGCACUCUGUUCAAGUUCUCCUUGUCAACUGACAAAGUACUGCACAAUUUGUGAGUAAAAAAAAAAAUAAAAAAUCAAUUUGAAUGUUUCAGGUUAAAAGAGCCCAUUAAAUUCAGUUUGUUUAAUAUUUAAUUACCAAGGAGGGGAAGACAAGUUUUGCUGUGUCUUCAUAUUCAAGACCCAACUGUAAAAUGGAAAUGGGUGGAAAGUGAUAACAUCAGAUUUAGAGCGGGAUAUUAACAGACUAGUUUGCGUAUGGUAGUAGUGUGUUUUAUGCUUAAAGUAUCGCUUCUUGAACUAUAAAAAAAAAUGCACUUAUUGAACUGUACAAUUUUAAAAAGAAAAAAGGAAUAUAUUUUCUAAUUUCUCCUUUUUCCAUAAAGUACUCAGUUUGAUCUUUUACAUCUAAAAAAAACAUAACGGCUAUGGACGAGUUUCACAAAGCGGUAAAGAUUUAUUGUCAUUAGACUGGUAAAAUAAAAGUGCAACACCACAUGUGAAAGUAAGAGAAUAAAAGAACAAACUGAAAC